AUGCUAAAGGAGCCAUUAAAUACAAUAAGUGGCAGCUCAGCUAUAUAUUGUGAUGUGAUUCCAUCACUUUUAGCUGAAAGGAUAGAUCAGCUGUCAGUAUAUGGACCUCUUUUUGAAGCACUUACUAAUAAUCACUUUAUUAGAUCUGGUUACAACCUUAAUUCAGGCUCUGUUUUCAGUAAACCUGAGUGUCACCUCGAAGUUGAAGUUCGUCUAGGCUUUAUACAGAAUAUACGAUCUGAGCAUCGAUUCACACUGCCAAUUACAACUGAUACGCUGUUGGCUUCAAGAGCGCCAGUGAAAUUUGUUCCAGGGGUUACAGAAGACCAAUAUAACGCAGCGAGAAACUUUUUGAUUGAGACCUCAGACGAAGAUGACCUAAGGAACGAGUGGACUACUUGCCUAAAUUCCUGUACCAUAAAUAGAUUUUUCGAGAUUCAAGGAUACGAAGAACUGGUAAGAAUAAGUGUUCUAAGUGAUUCAAAUUCCCCAGUUAACAGACAGCAAAAGGAACCAAUUGACGCUAUAAGAAAGGUUAACCUGCUCACAUGGAACAUUAGCUCAGGAUCAAAUGAGGAGCCGAGCGAAGAUUCUGAAGAAUUUUCUACAGGGCUUGAAGGACUUGACUACAGAAUUGCAAUAAAUCUUGAGUAUAAAGUCCCACUAACUAAUUUGCCAACUACUAGUAACGCUAAAUACUGUAGAAGAAGAUUAAGAGAUUCAUUCGUUCAUACUGAAAGUAAGAUGAGAUUUGAUUUGUCAAAGGUGGAGGAUGUAACAGAGAAUAAGGAUCCCACAACUUCGAAGUUUGAGAUCGAGAUAGAACUUUUAGGUGAAGAGAUCGUGAAGACGUUGAUGGACAAAACACUCAGUUCGGACCAGCGCCUCAUGAAUCUAAAGUACUAUUGCUCAACGCUGAUAAGGUCAUCGAGGUACAUUAUGGACCUCCUCUCCAGUAAAAAUGAGCGCCUAAAGUAUUCCUCUUUCAUAAACUCAAUUUCGGAAAAGGUGGGGGUAUACGACCUUAGGAUAGUAUCCCAAGAUGCAGAGUCAGUUGAAAGGUAUAAGAGAUACCUAUCACCACAGCUUCCACUGAUCGGUGAUUACCUCUACAGAACAGUUUCAGUUAACCUGGAAAAAAACCCAGACAUGUACAAUAAUAGGAAAUCCCUAUAUACACAAGAAACCCAAGAUAUACCGGGACCAUUUGUAGUCAAAAUCGAUACAAAUGGACAUAGAUAUGUAACAAUAGAUAAAUGA